AUGGAGACAAAAAUCGUAACGAUUGCUGACGGCAUCAAUGGUGGUGUCUAUUCGAUUGCCAACGAACGGGGAUGGGACUAUUUGAUGGCCAAGUUCAAAGCACACUGCUUGGAGCAUGCCCACACCAAGAAUCGCUUUUUGUCCUAUGCAUCCCUUCCCGCCCAUGGCGGCAUUUUCACAAUUGUUGCCGGUCCUGUCGAAUAUAUUUCUUUUCCAAGUGGAGGAGGAGGUGCAGAUGAUGACAUGUCCCAAGUGACUUCACCAAACGAAUGGCACAACCACGUGCAAGAUGAUCAUCGCUCCUCAUCUUCUUCAUGGUGGUCUAAAAAAGAAGGAGAAGAAGGCCGACAGACUGGUACUACUACUACGACUAUCACUAAACGACGUGGAAAGAUUUUACAGUGUAUCGAGUUGCCAGCCGAUUUCUACAAGAAUAGACCAGAUCGAAAGGAUGCAUGGAAGGCACACCUCGGCAAUGACAACCUCGACGUUGCGGAAGUUUGCAGCCAGUUAGCACAAGACUAUAUGGUACAUGGCAACAAUAUAGAAGCCAUGAAGAUGUACCGCAAAUCACUUUCGAUUCGACAAACCUUCCUUGGAAAGAACCAUCCGACUAUAUCCAAAACCUACAGCAAUAUUGGGACUGUGUACUGGAUGCAAGGCGAACAUGAUGAAGCACGGCGUAUGCAUCAAUUGGCGCUCACGACUCGAUUGGAAGCAAUUGAAGAGCGAUACUCAAGUGCAACAAGUGACAAAAGUAGCACAUCAAGUAUUUGGGGUAAUCAAGUGAGGUACGCCGAUGGUGGAGAAACGAUGAAGCCCUGUUUCUACUCCGCACUCCUGUCCAAUGGAUUGGACGCUCCAACAAGUCAUCGCGAUGAGAGUGCCACCACGCAUACUGCCGAUACUCAAGCCAGUGACAAGAGCUCAAGAUACUCCAGAGCACAAGUUUCAUCUACCAGUGCUCUCCGAACAAAGUCGACUUUCGAGCACCACGUCUCGUCGUAUUUGAUCCAACAGUAG